AUGUCAUCAGGAUUCAACCAGCCGACGUCUUCAGGAUUCAACCAGCCGACGUCAUCAGGAUUCAACCAGCCAACGUCUUCAGGAUUCAACCAGCCGACGUCAUCAGGAUUCAACCAGCCGACGUCAUCAGGAUUCAACCAGCCAACGUCAUCAGGAUUCAACCAGCCGACGUCAUCAGGAUUCAACCAGCCGAUGUCAUCAGGAUUCAACCAGCCAACGUCUUCAGGAUUCAACCAGCCAUCAUCUGCAGCCGUUCCAGCUCCGAUGACUCCUGCAGCUACCAAGAUCCGGCCGAUGAAGAUCAAGAAGGAGCUUUCCGAUGACUUCUAUAACGACACCGUCUUCGAUGGAACCGAAGUCAAGGUCCAGCGUAUUGUGCGCCAGCCGAAAGGAAGAGUUUCCUCCAAUUUGCAGAUGCAGGAACUUCCGAAGACCGAGAACGAAGCUUUUCAACGAUGGGAGCAGGAACAAGGAGAGCUUACCAGUAAGGUUCAAAAUUUUUGUUUGACCCGAGCAAAGUCAGAGUGGAUGACAAGAAAUGGGAUCCGCAGAUGGUCAAGAAGGCCACGACCCCAGGAUGUUCUAUUUGAACCAAUCCAUGAAGAGGCAGGAGGAUGGGAUGAUGUAAAAGCAUCACAUGAUCGGAAGGUCAGAUUGGACAAAUGGUGA